AUGGCUAAAAAAGCCAAGUCGCGCACCAUCGCCGUCCGGCUCAUCAGCAUGGCGAUGACGGGCUACUACAAAACCCUUGUCCGACCGCGUACCAGCAGACCCCUCAGCAUGCUGAAAUACGACCCGGUAGUGAAAAAGAAAGUGCUGUUUUUGGAGGCGAAGCGCGGGAAGUAA